AUGUACACUGCCGGCCGAUCCUUAGUUUACAGUAGAGAGGAGAAGCCUCUGGUCUCGGAUGACCCCCAUGUUUCAAAUGCCCAGGCGCGGACAUAAAUCUUUUUGCGUUGCCGAGCCGGAGACUUUUCGACGGAUUCUGCCACCUUCCCGAACUUUCUCUCAGAGCCAGACCUGCCGAAGGCACACUUGCCCUUUCGGUGGUGACUCAUCCGAGGUGGCGCCAAUCGAAAGAUAUCUCUUGUAUUACACUUUGGAAUGCUAGAACGUUUUUUGGUCCCACUUCGAUGAUCUUUUCGAUGAGCUUCUUUUUCGAUUCUCUAAUUUCUGGACCAUUUUUGAGAAUCGAGUUUUAAAGAGAGUCAAAAUUUUUCUCUUUCCUUAUCAGCUUGCCUACCCUUAUUAAAAUAGGCAAGAGAUCAGGAUCUGGCAUUAUUAUUUCUUGCUAAAUAAAGCUCAAAGGGAAAAUAAAAGGAGUAUGCUUCAAGUUUUUUCCGAUUUUUUUUAAAAUGCUCUUGGAAGGUUCUGUAAGAAGAGCAUUAUCUUCAAAGCAAUUGAGGUUUAUUGUAUCACAAAGUUAAUUGGAGUCCUAAUGUCGGUUAGAACCGAGGCUCAGAUAAAGUCUUUGAAAUGCUCUUAGAACACCAGAAUCUAGUCUAGAUAGAUUAUCCAGAGUUUUUGUGGAAUUUGUUCAAGGUCAGUUUUUUAAAAACAGAUAUCAGAAAUCUGAGCCAUCCAUUUGAGCUGUGAUCGCAAUUUCUAACUUUCCACAUCUCAGCCUGAAGGUCUUCUUAUGAGUAUGUACAUUAAUUGUUGUAUCUCAAAUAUUGUCAUAAAUAAUUCAAUAAAAGUAUGGUUACAAGGGUGGGAUAAGAGAGCCGAGCGCCCAAUUAGUCAUCUGCAAGAAGGAGUGGGCGGAGCUUGAACCGUCAGACUCCGCCUCCUCGGCGUGGAGCUGCCGAUUCGUCGCCUCGACCACUGCCGUCGGACCUUCAGCUGCUUCUACCGUCGCUCCUUAUCUUUCCACUUUCUGCUUAUCAGGCAUGACCUCGACCUGCGCAGCCUUUUCUUGCCCUUUUCUUCCAUCCCGAUGUCUUUUCAAAGUUUCUGAACUCUGUGGGUAUCUGAAUUGGAAUUUUCCUACUAACUUGUCUACUCCACAUUAAAUUCAUGAAUUUGGUAGACUUUUCGGUAAAUCAGUCCUUUUUUAAUUUUGGUUGUGAGUUACCUUCUGAAGCCUUCUUGCACAACAAUCUUCUAUAGAUUUUUCCGAGUUAUCUUCGAAAAAAAAAACGCGGUAUUCACACCUCCGGAUCUUCUAGAGUCUAAUCAUCUUUCGGAAUCCCUUUCAAAUCUUAUUUCUAAAAUUCUAUUUGUUCUGGGUCAUUAUUUUGAAAGAUUAAAUUUUUUUCUUUCAAACAUUUUUUUCUGAAUCUAAAAAAAUAUUCUCCAAGAAAGAGAAAGUUUUUUUGUCGGAUGAAAAGUCUUUUUUGUUUUCUACUUCAAUUUCUUCUUUCUUAACCUCUUCCCUUUGGCAAACUAUUUCUUUUUUCUUCCAAAUAAUUUUGAAGCUGAUCCUCUUGUACCGAAAAAAUAACUGAGAGAACCAAGCAAGAAUUGUUUAUUUGAGGUCUGGCAAAAAAUUGUUUUGAAAUCGGAUGGCAACAAGGCAACUUCUGCUCAGUUUAUUACACCGUCUGGUGUGCUUCUACGUGUUUUCUGGGCUGUGUUCUCUUGUUCUCCUGUUUAUUUAGUGCAUUAUCUACUGCGUUUUUAAUAGCCUGAACAUUAUUACAGUAACCCACGUUUCCAUCAUUUUUUGUCCAUCGAAAUUGGUUCGAAUUUUCCUUAUCUCAAUUGCUCCCAAUUUCUCUGUCGUUUUUUGCAUCCAUGAGUAGCUCCCAUUUCUUUUUAUGAGACCUUCCUGCUCCGAUUUAUCAUUUGUGAUUCCUUCAGUUUUUAAAUUUAUUUACUGUUUCUUUUUGAAGGUGCAGAAGAACAUGCGGUGGCUGUUGUUAGCAGCGGCCGUGUUCGCGCCGACAUGGGCCUUCUCUCUUUCCAAUUUCUUUUCUUUCAGUGAGGUAUGAACUUUUGGAAUCAAAUAUCGGUAGUUUUGUUGAUGAGAGGCCUGAAGUUUUUUCGAAAUGAAGAUGUUUUGAAGGAUAGUAUAUUAACAGAAAAAAAUGUUGGAGAUAAGCUCUUUGGAAUAAAGACGAGUUAGAUUGACUUUAUCAGUUGCCAAACCGGCUGAGAAAUUUCCUUACUUAGCGAGGAAAGAUUUCUCGUGUUAUUCAAAAGUCUUCUUCACAGGACACAACCAUGCGGCUGCACCCAUUAUCACCACCAGAACGGGAGCCGAUGUCGGCUCGAGCCAAACGACAGGCGUACCAGGUAUUUUUUCACCUUUUUAUAUGAUUACCUGCUCUUCUGUAGGUGUUCGUUGACGGUGAUACAGCUGUGACCGUCGACAAGUCAGGCCAGAAAGAGACCGGCAACUGGGGUCCGUGGACACCUGAACAAGGCUGUUCGCGUACCUGUGGUGGCGGUGUUCAGGUCGAGAAGCGACAGUGCAGGUAAAAUUGAACUUGAACCUCAAAAAAGUAUUCUUUGCUUCUUCUCUAGUUUUUUUUCUAACCCAAAUUCAAAGGGAUUUUGUAGAAGACCCUUUCUUUCAGUUUUGAAAAAUAGAAAGGUUGUGCUAGUUAUUUUUUAAACAAUUUUCAGAACUGAUACAGUCCAGAAACGGCAUAGCACCUUGUCUUCAGAUUUCGUUUUUUGGAGUUUUCAUUAGACUUGUUUCCAUUUUAAAUUUUUCUCCGAAGUUUGAUUAGAAACAUCAUUUUCCAGCGGCUCAUGCACGGGUCCGUCUGUUCGGUACGUCUCCUGCAACUUGGAGGCCUGUCCAGCCGGUACCGACUACCGUGCCGAGCAGUGCGCCGCCCAUAACGACGACCCACUUGAUGGCAACUAUCACAAGUGGAAGCCGUACAAGGGAAAGAACAAGUUAGUCUCUCUUUGAACAAUAUUUAUCUUACACAUCUGAUGUUUUUUUUUUGAACGCAAAAAAAAAAACAGAAUUCUCAACAUCCUUCAAAACUUUUGACAGCUGUCCUCACUUGAGUGUAGUCUUUUAACACUUAGCUUCUUCAAGCUUGGAAAAUAACCGGAAAUAAUUGCUUCCAAAUGUAGGUGCGAGCUGGUCUGCAAACCUGAGAUCGGAAACUUCUACUACAAAUGGGCCGACAAGGUCGUCGACGGAACCAAGUAUGUCAUGAAAACUGUUCUUCUUAUAAAAGCUUCCAAACAUCAGAUGUGACUCAAAAAGCGACGACAUUUGCGUGGAUGGCGAGUGCUUGUCCGUUGGUUGCGAUGGAAAGCUUGGCUCUUGUAAAAAUUUAUUUGGAAAAAAAUUUAUUUCUUUUAUAAAAUUACAGCUGUCAAAUUCGACAAGUGUGGAAAGUGCGACGGUGACGGAUCCACUUGCAAAACCAUCGAAGGUUUGAAAAAAGCAAAUAAAAAACUCUCUGAUUUUCCGUACAGGACACUUUGAUGAGAGGAACUUGUCUCCCGGCUACCAUGACAUUAUCAAACUUCCUGAAGGAGCGACUUCGAUCAAGAUCCAGGAGGCCCGCAAAAGCUCAAACAACCUGGGUCAGUUUUUUUUUUUUAUCUUCACCGAAAACGAAGACAAAACCCAGCCUAAACCCAAAUGGCGCGGAACAAGUCUGCGCCUAAUAUUAUCCUUUUUUAAAACACUGUGGGAGCAUCCGGUGUGAGCACCUCUUUCUGCACAAAGCUACAGUAACUAAACAGUUUUUGAAAUUAUUUGAAAGGUGUAUAUAUUUUCAAAUAUUAACCUUUUUUUUUUCAUGGUUAAUGCCGUUUUCAAAGUAAUUUCCGCGAAAUUCAAACUCAUCUCUGACUUUCCAAUUCAUUUAUCGUUUUCACUCUCUGACGGUUGUUUUGAGUUUCGCGGAAUAACUUUGAAUACGGCAUAAAUUUUUCUCGCUUUUUUCAUGUAAACAAUUAUUUUUAUGUCGAAAGAAAGUAUUGACAUGUGUGUUUGAGUUAAUAAUUCAACUGUUAGAAAAAGAAUACUGAUGAUAAAAUUUUCUUCUAAAACGCUUUCGGGCUUUUUUUGCCUAACACUAUUAUAAAUUUCAAUUUUAGCAUAAUUCAGUUUUUUUCAGCUUUGAAGAACUCUUCGGAGCAUUUUUACCUGAACGGCAAUGCGUUGAUCCAAGUUGAGAAGGAUGUGGAAGUUGCCGGCACAGUUUUUGAGUACGACGACGCAGAUCCGGAAACUCUUUCUGCUCGAGGUCCUCUGGACGAAGAACUUACCGUGGCUUUGCUUUUCCGCAAAGGAAACCGUGACGCGGCCAUCAAGUACGAAUUCUCUAUUCCUCUUGACGAAGAAAUCGACUACUUCUACAAGUUCGACGCCUGGACGCCGUGCUCUGUCACCUGCGGGAAAGGUGAACCUUUUCCAAGAAGUAAAUAAGUCAAUCAAUUGAGAACGUUUUCAGGAGUGCAAACUCGUAACCUUUAUUGCGUCGACGGCAAAUCACAGGGCCGCGUAGGAGACGACCUUUGCGAGGAAAACAACGCGACCAAGCCUGAGGUUUGAUUACAAGAAGGAAUCAGAAAAUAGUUGAAAUAUUUCAAAAAACAAAAAGUCAUUUUUCCAGUUUGAAAAGUCAUGCGAGACGGUGGAUUGCGAAGCCGAAUGGUUCACCGGAGACUGGGAAGAUUGCUCGGCGACUUGUGGCGACCGCGGAGAACAGUACCGCGUUGUCUACUGCCACCAGGUGAAAGGAAUCCAAGAAAAAUGUCUUAGAGAAAAAAAAAAAACACAAUGCGACGUCAUUAAAUGCCAAAACUUCCUCCGUUUGUUUCUUUCACACGGAAUUUCUCAAGAUUGAAGAUCUAACUUUAUUUUUGAAUCGGAAUUAUUCUAACUAUGACAUCAUAGGCAUGGCCUAUGAUGUCAUAGUUAGAAUAAUUCCGAUUCAAAAAUCCUAAAAAUAUCUAGGCGCUAAAAAAAUGAUUAUUGUAUGAUAUUCGGUUGGAACUCCUUGCACUAAAAAAGUUUCUAGAAAAACCUGCAAUUUUAUUUUAAGGAGUAAAAUUUUUUGAAGUUUUCAGUAAAAAAAAAAGUCCAUAAAUAAUUACAAAGUGACUCUUUUCAAGUCUUUCUAGUUACUGCAUAAUUUUUGUUCAUUUAUUGUAUUUUUAUUUUUAUAUUUUUUUGAUCUUCCGUAAAGUUCGGGAAGUCUGUGUUUUCCUCUACUCUGAAAUUGGAAUUUCCUUCCAUCAUUCGAGUUCAUCAAUGGUGAACAGCCUUCCCGAAACAUUCCCGAAAUAAAAAGAAGGUGUCUGUCUGUUGCAAAGAUCCUUACACUUUUGAGAUUAAUAGCUCAUAGGCCGAACCUUCUCGAUCAUCUUGGCGGCGGAGAGAAGGGAAAAAAACGAUCAAAAAGCUCAGAACUUUUUUUCGAUGCAAAGUUGUGGGCUGAUUAAUGUCUGAUACAACGCUUUCGUUGUAACUUUACAAAAGAGCUUUUUUUCAAGCAGAUCUUCUUUCAGGUAUUUGCCAACGGACGUCGGGUUACUGUGGAUGAUGGAAACUGCACUUCUGCACGGCCAGCCGUCCGACAGAACUGCAACCGGUGAGUAUAGCUCGGAAAAGGAUAAGAUGGAAGCUAUGAUAAACGUAUUCGAAAAAAAUAACUUAGUGAAUAAAAAAAUAGAAAAAAGAAAUCCUUGCAGUGAUCGAACAUUUCCAUUCAUCUGUUCUCUAUUGCUAAAACUUACAAAAAACCUUUUUUUUAAUGCUUUGUUUUUAUUAUUCAUUUCGCACCCUUCGUAAUUUUCCGAGCUUACAAAUGCAAAUCCUUCUUUUAAAACGUAAUCAAUCAUUUUGUCUUCGAAGAAUUUUUAAGAGUUUCAGUUUCAUUUUUUUAAGUUUUCUAUCUAUAGAGUUAACAUGAAGCUAACAACUCGGCUUCCCAAUACUUUUCUACGACUGACAUUUCUGUUCCAAUGUAGGAAAAAAAACCGAAUCUUCUCAGAUCGGAAAAGUUAGAAGUUGGCGCGAGCGAAGACUUAUUUAUAGUGUUGGUUGACCGUUUGGCAUUUUCGCGGUUUUGUUUAUGGAUUGGGACCAGAUGUGCCACGUGUGUUGGUAGUGUGUCGAGCCAUGUGAAAUCAAUCAACUUACCAGUGCUUUUUGUGGUUUCUGGAGAGCUUUGAAAUGCAGAGAAUGCGCAGAAACAAGAGUUAGAAAACACAUGGAAAGAAGUCUGAGUUGAAAAAAAGAGGCUGGCUUCAAAAUUUUUCGAAUUGAAGGAGACGGAAAUAUUGAAAGUUUUGAAAAAGACUUAAUAGAAAAACAUUCAUUUCCAGAAAAAAAUUUUUGAUUUGAGCAAAACAAAGCUUUUUUGUUUUUGUGUUCCUAUAAAAAUAUGAAUCGAAAUCUCAUUUUUUUUUUUGAAUAAAAAUCUCAAAGUUAUUGCAUUGAAAUACAAAAAAAAAGUUUGAAAAAACGUUAUCGCUUCCGAUUCUUUAUAUAAUUUUGCUUGAUGAGGAAAUCUAAUAAUCUUCAGAUUCGCUUGCCCGGAAUGGCAGGCAGGACCGUGGUCGGCGUGUUCGCAGAACUGCGGCGACGCUCAUCAGUACCGAUCCGUGACCUGCAGAUCUGAGAAAGAAGGCGAGGAGGGCAAACUUCUGUCAGCCGAGGCUUGUCUUCACCCUUCUGACUCCCGAAACUUCCCUAUUUCAGCAGUGUCCAGCGGAGGACAAGUCCAAGUACGAGACGGAGCGCAGCUGCAACCUCGGCCCUUGCGAAGGACUCACCUUCGUCACCGGAGACUGGAAACUCGUGAGAGAACCGAAACGACCCGAAAACUCAUCGAAAUGUUUACUUCAGUGCACGAAAUGCAACGAUACCGAGGAGACGCGCGAAGUGACUUGUAAAGAUACCCAGGGACGCGCCUAUCCUCUCGAGAAAUGCCUUGUCGACAACUCGACUGAAAUUCCGGCUGAUACGAGGUGGAGCAGUUGAAGAACUUCUGAAUUGAAUUCUCCAUUCAGUUUAUUUUGUUGUUUAGUCAUAGAUAUAAUCGACUAGGCACGCGGUGAACAAGAAAUUUCAAAGCUUUAUCGAACAAGCGCCUUUGGCGAACUAGAAGUCCAAACGUGUAGUUGAUCAAGUUGAAAGGAUGGCCUUACGGUCCUUCGUCUCGCUCUUCCUCGCGUACUUCAUGCAGUUUUUUUUGAUGAGCUCAGAAUGUAACGUAUAUUGGAGCUGGAGCCCAUGAACCGUUUUUCAGAAUCCCUAGACGACUCUUUUAAUCAAUCAGAACCAAAAUUUAAUAUAUAGUGGACUUAAACGAAACUACGAUCUAACUUUCAACCCCAUCCGGUAAGUCACUUCUGAGGGUGACUGAAUCCUGGUUUCUCCAUAAAAUCCACCUCGUGGAUGAUGGAAUGUCAUUAUAACUGUUGUGGAUUCAGAUCGUGUGCCACACAGCCGCCGUGCAUCUACGAAUGGACAGCCAGCGAAUGGAGCAAGUGCUCGACCGAGUGCGGCCACGGCCACAAGACGCGUCGCGUCGUUUGCGCCAUCCAUCAGGAGGGAGAUCUUGAGGUGCUCUCAGAUGGUCGAACGAGUCUUUCAAAAAGUUUUUAGUUCUUUCCGAAGUUGUUCGAUUUCAUUGAAAAGUUGAAAAUUUUCGAACUGCGUAAAAGUGAUCACCAACUAUUAAAUUUAAAAUUCCAUGUACUUCAAUUUUGCAUCAGAAAGUUCCUAGGUCGUGGAUGAGAGCCACUGCCAGGCCGAUAAGCCGGAAAUAAAGACGAAUUGCACGAACGAAGAAAAAUGCACUGGAACCUGGUUCACGGCGCCUUGGGGCAAAUGCUCGGCUGAGUGAGCUCAAACCUGGAAAGUUCCCUCAAAAAACAUUUUCUGCAGAUGCGACGGCGGUACCCAGGAACGCGUGGCCGUCUGUCUGAACUACGACCGGAAACCCGUUCCGGAAUGGUGCGACGAAGACGAGAAGCCGGAUGAGAAGCAGGACUGCAACACUGACCCGUGCCCUAGUCAGAAAACCUAGAAACUAAUUUUCAAUCAUGUGACAACUUUUAGACUGCUUCGAUUCUGAGUUCGGAUGCUGUCCAGAUAACUCGACCUUCGCCAAGGGCGACUUCAAUGAGGUUAGAGAAUUGGGAAAAAAAGACAAUUUUGAAACUAUAUUUUGAAUAAACGAAAGUGGUCUCAACAAAGAAUUAAUGCUUUUUCAUAAAUCAUGAAACAUUGUCUUUUCAUUGAAAGAUCUAUACGACAGGUUCUGGUAUCUGAGCAAUAUUUCGUUCUGUGUAGAGUUCUUGUUACCUUGUUUUUUUUUUCAAUCCGAAAGUUCUUUCGAAAAAUUUUGUGGAAAUGAGAAGUUAAUUUUCAGACCAUAACUUUUCCUUUUGACAAUUCAUUGGAAAUAGUAAUACUAAAUGAAGUAUCAACUGCCUUCAGGGCUGCUCCAACUGCACCCUCUCCGAAUUCGGCUGCUGCGCAGACAACUACACGACCGCCGCUGGACCCAACGGACUCGGAUGCGACGAAUUCUCCGAGACUCCGCUCUCCCUUCUCCUCGACGCCGAAGGCUCCGGAGAAGCUGCGACCACCGAGGCGACCUCUUCCUCUGCCAUCCUCUGCAACGUGACCAGCGGCGACGGCGAGGAGGCCUCCGUCGAGUGCGCCAUUAUGCAGGGCAACGCGACCCUUCUCGAAGGAGAUCUCUUCGGAAACGGCACCGACGCAAACGGAACCGUCCACUGCUCCAAGACGGAGUUCGGAUGCUGUCCUGACUGGUACACGCCGGCAGAGGGCAAGAACAAGGAGGGAUGUCCUGAGUUUGAGCUCGGUGAGGAGUUCUGAAUAUUCAACAGUACUGCAAAAUGCGGCUUCGGGAAGACCUCCAACAAAUAAAACUUUUUUCCAUCAAUUUACAAAGCAUAGAUUUUCGAAAAGUCUUUAGAAAGAAAAAAAGUUUUAUUUACUCACAGAGAAUAGUUUUCAGAAGAAUCAAAAAAAGGAAGUUGUAGAAAAAAAAAAAUCGAAACAAGUUUUUAGCCGUUCGCAGAAGAAAAGUUCAGAACAGAUUAUAAAAGCCUUCGACUACCAUAGCUUGAGAUAUCAUUCCUUGCCUUGCAGGAGCUUGUAACGAGACCAAAUACGGAUGCUGCCACGAUGACGUCACUCUGGCGCGUGGACCCAACCUCGAAGGAUGCGGAGAGCCUUCCUGCGCCGCUUCGCUCUUUGGUUGCUGCAAAGAUCGCAAAACCAUCGCCUUCGGACCUCACUACGCCGGUUGUGAACGGUUAGAAUCUCCUCCAGACAUUUGAAUUCCUAAAAACUUCAGAUCUUCGUUCCCUUGCGAACUUUCCGAGUUCGGCUGCUGCCCAGACGGCGAGACCGCCGCUCUUGGCAGGAACGGUACUGGAUGUGGAGAGAACUGUCUGACGACCAAGUUCGGCUGCUGUCCUGACGGGAAGACUACCGCCAAGGGACACCACAACGAAGGAUGCGGCUGCGAAUUCGCUCAGUACGGAUGCUGUCCGGAUGGAAAGACUCCGGCCAAGGGCGCCGGGUUCUACGGAUGCCCUGAAAGCUGCGCUCAGAGUGAGUCGAAGAGCCUGGAAAAGCAGCAAACACUGUGUUUCAGGCCAGUACGGAUGCUGUCCCGACGGAAAGACGCGCGCUCGCGGCGAACACAAGGAAGGAUGUCCCUGCCAGUACACGCGCUAUGGAUGCUGUCCCGACGGGGAGACGACCGCCUUGGGACCGAGGAACGACGGCUGCGAUGAUUGCAGAUACGCAAAGUACGUUUGAGAUCCCCCGUUUUAGCCCAAAGGUUGAGAAAAAGGAUCUCACAAAUUGAAUUUUUUUGCUAGCGAAGCUAGAAAAUAUCGUAUUCUUUUAAAUGGAGAAGAUAGUCCUCGAUUCCCCAGCUGUGUUUUUCAUUUUCAUGAGCCUCCUCAAAAUCAACCAUAGAAAAAAGUAAAAAAAAAAAAGAUAGAAUUUUAUUGAACAUUAGUCAAUCAACAGUAAAAUCAAAAACGGAAAUUUUUUUUAAAUCUUCGGUUCAACACUCAUGAGCACCCCAUUUCAUCACGUAUCCCCGAAGUUUUCAUAGUUUUGAUAGUUCACAAUUACAUUGACAAAAGAAAAUUUCCACAAAAAGUUUGCAAGAAAAAGUGAAACCAAGAAGGAUCCAACUCAAAGAACAAUUUUGACAGAUAUCAGUGCUGUCCCGACGGCGAGACCAAGGCCCUGGGACCGGACUACGCCGGAUGUCCCUCAACGACCCUGGCUCCAUUCCUGCUCGGAGGCACCGUCGCGCCUCCGAAGAUCGUCUCCUGCAGCCAGCCUCAGGACAUCGGAACCGUCUGCAGCUCUGGCUACAAAUUGGUAAGUUUGAAAAGAGUACGAUACUCUAAAAAUCAUCUUUAUAUUGAAUUUCAUCAUGUUUCUCCAUUAAACAGUGGAAUGAACGUUGAAAUUUUCACUCGAAAAAGUUACAAAAAAGAAGUCGUCUCAAAAAUAAUAAGUUCGCUAAAGAAACGGCUAGAAAAAUGCUUAGCUGCUUUGAAGAAACAAUUUGAAAAAGCCACUCUGAUUCUCUCGAAGCCUCCGUCUUUUCCAGGUUUGGUACUACGACACGGCGGAAGGAAGGUGCAGCCAGUUCUGGUACGGCGGCUGCGACGGCAACGAAAACCGAUUCACGACGAAGGAAAUGUGCGAGACGAUCUGCGUGGAGCCGCCUGGCACCGGCCGAUGCUACCUGCCGAAGGUGGAAGGCCCGCUCCGAUGCGACCAGCCGCAGGCUCGCUAUUGGUACGACUACACGACGAAGCAGUGCGCCGCCUUCUGGUGGCGCGGAUGUCUCGGAAACGCCAACAACUUCGCUUCUUGGGAGGAGUGCAGCGUCAGUCGAAACGAUAUGAUGGCCAUAAGAAGACCUUUUUUCCAUUUCAGACCACUUGCAAGAACGUCGGACCCUACGAUCAGCCCACGACUCCGGCUCCUCCUCCACAGCAGCAGCAGCAGUACCGGCCUGAAUAUCCGCUCACCUCUGAGGUGGCUUUUUGGAAUUCGUCUGGAAAAUGCUUCAAAAUCUCAGUUUUUCGUCAAGCUUGAUCGCUGCUCUCCGUAGAGCAAAUAAGCCAAACAAAAAAAUUGACUCAUUUUCUUCAAUAUUUAUUCCGAAAAACUGAGACCUUUCUUCUUACUUUCCAUCACAAAUGAAUAAUUUCUCACCAUUUUCAGUUCGAAAUCGAGCCUCAAGCUCCUCAGCAACAACCUCAGCCACAGCCUGAACAACAACAACAACCUCAACAACUGCAGGAACGACCCCCAGCUCGUCAGUUUUCUAUCGAAUGAUUUUAAACCAAACAUUAGAAAACAUAUUGAAAAAGGCGAACAAUUGGAUGAAAUGAUCAUUAUUUGCACUGUUUAAUACAGACUGGAUUGGCUUUAUUUAGGUAGAGUCUAUUAAAGUUUGCUAAUCAACUCUCAUUUCUAUUUUAAGAGGAUGAAAAUUUUUAAAAAAAAAUGGAAAAGCUCAGAAUAAAGAGUGAAUGAUUCAGCAACGAUGGAGCAAGUCUGCCGCUCGCCUCAGGACGCCGGACCGUGUGAACAAUACUCCGACCAGUGGUUCUACAACGCUUAUUCUCGUUCGCAAUCUUCUCAUUCUCUUCAUUGACUGUGUUAUUACAGGCCAAUGCGAGACCUUCGUGUAUGGGGGAUGUGGCGGAAAUCUGAACCGAUUCAGAACCAAGGAGGAGUGCGAACAGCGCUGUAGUUUCCUCAAUGGACAGCAACGUGGGAUCUCGAGCUUUUGAAAGAGAAACGAAGGAUUUUUGUAGCGUCCCAGCAGCAAGCCGUUUCGAUUCCGUCGGCCGGACAACCUGCUCCAGCUCCCGAGGUCCCUCAGACUCAACAAGUCGCUCCAGCUCCGGCUUCUCCUUGUGCGUAUUUCUGAAAUUAUUUAUCUUUUUUGGAAAAAGGAAAAUAGAAAAUUUUAUUAUAAACAACGGUGAAGACUGAAAAUUUUCAAAACAAUUAGUUUUAGGAUUUAUCUUUUCUUCCAUUCUGCUACAAAGUUGCGUAGUUUAGUAAGUCUGAAAUUUUCUGAUACGGUUUUCAAAGGCGCUAGACUUGUGGUCGACAUUUACCUUUCGAGGCGUUUUUUUCCAUUCUUUGUUGUUGAAAAGGAUCAUCAAAAAAACGUUUUUUGAAAAUACCGGUAGAUCACGCCAUUUUCCGCUUUAUUGGAAAGGCCUGAAGAAGCUUUCUGUAGCAAUACUUAUCUUAACUCCAUCUCACGUUUCAAAUUCCUCUUUCCAGUCGUUUUACUGGUAAAAUGUUUGUGCACAGAAUCCCUUUGUUAUGGUGUCCAGAAGUUUUUCUUCCUUUUGUCGACACCUUCGGAAUGGCAGUGUUGUGAGCGAGGAUUUCAGCUUCUGGAAAGAACCGCGAGGCGUGUCAUCUGGCCGUGGACAAGGGCCGCUGCAAGGGAGCCUUCGACUCCUGGUACUACGAGGUCGCCACCGGCACCUGCGUUUCCUUCAAGUACACCGGCUGCGGCGGAAACGCCAACCGAUUCCCGACCCGCGACCAGUGCGAGGACCUCUGUGUCCAUAGCGCAGCCGAACAGGCCGCCUCAGGUCUGUCCCUGAAGUGUGUUGUCUUUUGGAUGGGUUCUUGGCAAGAGUUAGGAGAUCCCGUUCAAGUAUAAUAGUCAGAUCGAGAGAGUGUGGCAUUUCUCCUUUGUUGCAACUUGAAAACUGCUCUUCUCACCGUUAUGUAGGAAAAACAAGAGAAAUACAUUUUUGAAGUGGUUCAUAGCCAAAGUAAGCAAAAGACAGAAAAAGGUCACUUUGAAUGCAGUUUGAACUUUAUUGAGAUCAAAUAGAUUUUAAAUUUAACAUGGCUCAAAACUAUUAGUAAACGUUGAGAAUUUAAUUCAGCAACGAAAAAAAAAACAGAAAACAGGUCAUAAGCUAUUCUAAAUGCGAUUCGAUCAGUAUCAACUUGAGACUGAUUCAUUGAAAAAUCGAAGGAUUUGUUACCGAAAUAAAAUAGAAGCAUGAAUUGAGCGAAUUUCGCUUCGAAACUCAAAGAACAAAACCUUUUAAUGGAAGUGUUUAACACGCGUUCUCCCAGAAAAUCGAACAAAUGCAAAAAAUUUUGGUACAAAAAUUUCAACUUUGUUCCUGAGAGCUCUUCUUGCUAUCAUAGAUAGUGAACAACCUCUUGAAUAUUUAAAACCAGGUUUUAUUAGGCUCCUCCCACUUUCAGGCUUACUGUAGAAAAAAACACCGUAAAAAAACCAAACUUUUUUUCCUAGUGGAUCAAAUUGGUCCAAACAAAUUUUUAAAACAAAAUAUGUUCUCAUUUAAACAUUUAUAGUUCUAGAACUGACCCGGGAAAAAAAUUUUCAUCCAGAAGAAAAAUUAAAGUUUUUUUGAAAAAAAUGACGAUUUUCGCAGUCUUUGAGUCAUAACUAGUACUAGAACCCCCGAAUGCCUGGAUUUUUUUAUUUUUUUCAAUCGACGCAUUAGGGUCUUGUGAGUAGAGAAAAAAUGUCUAGAAACUCUGAAUCCGGGUGAUCCAGUUGACCUCCAUCUCGGAGAACGCGGCCAACUUGAAAAUGACUAAAUUUUUAAAAAUCAGUUAAUUUCUUGGGAGCAGGAUUUUCUCUCAAUUAUUUUUGCCAAUCAGACACAAUCCACUCAACACAAAAUCGGAACAAAAAGUUAUGACUCUCAAGCAUGAGGAAAUUUUUUUUCUUCUAAUUUUUCACUUUUUCGGAUUCAUUUUUUUUUCUGUCCUUCCCAAGUAUUGAGCUCUACUGGAUUAGAAUACCAGGGAUGCUUAGAGAUUUUUCGUUGUACUGAUUCGUUACAUCUUCCCAAGUUCUUUAAAAAUAUUCCCAAGUUCUGUUUCCGGGUUAUCCAGUUGACCUCCAAGCAACCGAAGCGGUCGACCUCGAAAUCGGGCGAAAUUAAAAAAAUUUUCCAAACCAUUUUUUUACUUCCUAACCAGUAGUCCUCAUUAUCUGGAGGGUUUUUCAGUGGAGUUUCGAAAUUUUUGUAAUAGGAAAAAAAUUCAAAAACGCGUUUUUUUACUCGAGUAAAUUUGUUCACAAGGAAAGGCAUUUUUACUUUUGUAACCACAUAUUUCUCAGAAAGUUUGCCAGAAUACUCAUCGAUGUACCAUAAAAAAAUAUCCGGAAAGUUUUAACCUGAACAACUUUCUAGUUUUUCAAAAAAAUGAGAACUCAGGAUCGAAAAAAAUGGCUUAUUUUUUUGAAGACUAGGAUUGUUUUAUUCAGCGUUCAGAAUUUUUUUUCGAAAACUAAUAAGUUGUUCAGGUUAAUUUUCUUGCAGGAUCUCCAUCUGGUACAUUAAGGAGUAUCCUGGCUGACUUACAGGAAUUUCUCAACCACAAGUGAAAUCAACUUCCUUGUAAAAAAAAAAUAACUUGCCUCUUAUGAGAAUGAAGUUUAGACGCAGAAAUCUUAUUGUAAUGAAAUAACUUACCAGGGAACGUUUUUUUAUCCCCAGUUGAACUUUUUGCUGAAACUUUACUGAAGUGUACUUUAGGACCCCCUGAUUGCAGAUCAAGAAAAAAAUUUCUUGCAAUAGAUCUUGUUUCCGAGUUAUGGAGCUUCGAUGUCCUCAAAAUACGCAAAUUAUGACAAAAAAGCGCUAUUUCGAGUUUUUGAAGUGUCCUAACUGGAAAACGGGAUCUAUUGCGAGAAAUUUUCUUCUUGUUCUGGGAUCGGGAAGUCCUAAAGUACAGUUCAGCAAAGUUUCAGCAAAAGUUCAAAGGGGGAGGGGUUAUUUUUAUUUUUGAUUAUUUUCGGUUGAAAUAGUUUUUUUCUUUUUUUCUGUAUGAGAAAAUUUGUUCAACCUCGAAAAUAGGAAAACUUGAACAUUUUUUUCCGUGCGAAAUCCAAAAAAAUGAUUCAUCUUGAAAAACUCAAAAGAAAAGCCAAACAAUUGGUAUCGACAAACAAGAUUCUUACUUUUUCACGAAAUAGUAAUCACUAUUUUUCGUAAGUAGUGGCUUUACGUAAGUUAGAACUUUUUUUAGGCGAAAUACCAGGGAAUUUAUUCUUAACUUAUUUUUUUAUUUUUUUGUCAGAAUUUUUUUGGGACGCAGCUCCAGCAAUACCCCUGUUUGUCGAAUAACCUGAAAUUCCCUGGUAUUUCGCCUAAAAAAAGUUCUAACUUACGUAAAGCCACUACUUACGAAAAAAAUAGUGAUUACUAUUUCGUGAAAAAGUAAGAAUCUUGUUUGUCGAUACCAAUUGUUUGGCUUUUUCUUUUGAGUUUUUUUCAAGAUGAAUCAUUUUUUUGGAUUUCGCACGGAAAAAAAAUGUUCAAGUUUUUCCUAUUUUUCGAGGUUGAACAAAUUUUUCUCAUACAGAAAAAGAAAAAAAACUAUUUCAACCGAAAAUAAUCAAAAUAAAAAAAUAACCCCUCCCCCCUUGAACUUUUGCUGAAACUUUGCUGAACUGUACUUUAGGACUUCCCGAUCCCAGAACAAGAAGAAAAUUUCUCGCAAUAGAUCCCGUUUUCCAGUUAGGACACUUCAAAAACCCGAAAUAGCGCUUUUUUGUCAUAAUUUGCGUAUUUUGAGGACAUCGAAGCUCCAUAACUCGGAAACAAGAUCUAUUGCAAGAAAUUUUUUUCUUGAUCUGCAAUCAGGGGGUCCUAAAGUACACUUCAGUAAAGUUUCAGCAAAAGUUCAACCGGGGGAUAAAAAACGUUCCCUGGUAAGUUAUUUCAUUACAAUAAGAUUUCUGCGUCUAAACUUCAUUCUCAUAAGAGGCAAGUUAUUUUUUUUUUACAAGGAAGUUGAUUUCACUUGUGGUUGAGAAAUUCCUGUAAGUCAGCCAGGAUACUCCUUAAUGUACCAGAUGGAGAUCCUGCAAGAAAAUUAACCUGAACAACUUAUUAGUUUUCGAGAAAAAAUUCUGAACGCUGAAUAAAACAAUCCUAGUCUUCAAAAAUAAGCCAUUUUUCGAUCCUGAGUUCUCAUUUUUUGAAAACUAGAAAGUUGUUCAGGUUAAAACUUUCCGGAUAUUUUUAUGGUACAUCGAUGAGUAUUCUGGCAAACUUUCUGAGAAAUAUGUGGUUACAAAGUAAAAUGCCUUUCCUUGUGAACAAAUUUACUCGAGUAAAAACGCGUUUUUUUGAAUUUUUUCCUAUUACAAAAUUUCGAAACUCCACUGAAAACCCUCCAGAUAAUGAGGACUACUGGUUAGGAAGUAAAAAAUAUGGUUUGGAAAAUUUUUUUAAUUUCGCCCGAUUUCGAGGUCGACCGCUUCGGUUGCUUGGAGGUCAACUGGAUAACCCGGAAACAGAACUUGGGAAUAUUUUUAAAGAACUUGGGAAGAUGUAACGAAUCAGUACAACGAAAAAUCUCUAAGCAUCCCUGGUAUUCUAAUCCAGUAGAGCUCAAUACUUGGGAAGGACAGAAAAAUGAAUCCGAAAAAAAGUGAAAAAAAUUAGAAGAAAAAAAUUUCCUCAUGCUUGAGAGUCAUAACUUUUUGUUCCGAUUUUUGUGUUGAGUGGAUUGUGUCUGAUUGGCAAAAAAAUAAUUGAGAGAAAAUCCUGCUCCCAAGAAAUUAACUGAUUUUUUUAAAAAAAAUUUAGUCAUUUUUCAAGUUGGCCGCGUUCUCCGAGAUGGAGGUCAACUGGAUCACCCGGAUUCAGAGUUUCUAGACAUUUUUUCUCUACUCACAAGACCCUAAUGCGUCGAUUAAAGAAAUAAAAAUCCAGGCAUUCGGGGGUUCUAGUACUAGUUAGAGCGAAAAGUUUGAAAAUGCCGAAAAAACGAAAAAUUAGAAAAACGUCAGAAAUUUUUUUUCAAAGGGCUCCAGCUCGCUACUUUUGAGCUGUAAUUUUGCAGCGAGCUGUGUUAUGUUGAACAAGAAUAAGAAACAAGACGGAAUCCGGCUUUCACAAAAAAUAGAAAUUUUCAAAGGUUUUGCGAUUUUCAAGUUGGCCGCGUUCUCCGACAUGGAGGUCAACUGGAUCACCCGGAUUCAGAGUUUCUAGACAUUUUUCCUCUACUCACAAGACCCUAAUGCGUCGAUUGAAAAAAUAAAAAUCCAGGCAUUCGGGGGUUCUAGUACUAGUUAUGACUCAAAGACUGCGAAAAUCGUCAUUUUUCAAAAAACUUUAAUUUUUUUCUUCUGGAUGAAAAUUUUUCCCGGGUCAGUUCUAGAACUAUAAAUGUUUAAAUGAGAACAUAUUUUGUUUUAAAAUUUGUUUGGACCAAUUUGAUCCACUAGGAAAAAAGUUUGGUUUUUACGGUGUUUUUUCUACAGUAAGCCUGAAAGUGGGAGGAGCCUAAUAAAACCUGGUUUUAAAUAUUCAAGAGGUUGUUCACUAUCUAUGAUAGCAAGAAGAGCUCUCAGGAACAAAGUUGAAAUUUUUGUACCAACGGUUAAUCGAAAAUCUCGGAGAACUUGUGUUAAUUUGAACUACACAUUGCAAUUUUCGCUUUCCCACUUCAUAGAGGCGAGCUUGGAUUUUUCAGGAUCAUGAAUCAAACAUGGGAAUUCAGGUAAUAAACCGACAAAGAAUAGUCGGUCGCAAAUUUUUUCUUAUGGAAAACCCUUUUGAUCUCGAAUUAGAAUUUUAGAAUUCCAUCCAAACUUUUUCUUCUCAAAUAAGGUCCUGAAUAAGUUGCUGUGCACACGCUCAAUUAUUUCAGACGGAGCCGCUGGCACAAACUCGGUUUGUGACGAAGCCAAGGACACCGGACCGUGCUUGGAGUUUGUGACCAAGUGGUAUUACAACAAGGUGAGCGCAAUUCAUCUUGUUCAAGUCGAAAAGGAUUUCUCAGACUGACGGAACCUGCAACCGAUUCCACUACGGUGGCUGCAAAGGAACCAACAAUCGUUUCGACAAUGAGCAGCAGUGCAAGGCGUCCUGUGCCAACCAUAAAGGUGAGAGACGGGAUAGAAACAAAGAUUUUGCUCGUUUCUUGCCAAAAAAGAUCAGUCGAAAAUAAGAUUACGAAGUUAAUUACCCCAACACACAUUUUCUUCACUUCUCUCGCCUAAUUUAUUGAGCCUAGGUGUAGUCCGUAAAUAUAUUUUUUUUCUGAGUCGAAGCAAGAGGGAAAGUUCCGACCAUGAGUCCUAUAUACCGUGAAUUUUCAAGAACCCAAACGGCUGGCCAUUAAAUUUUUUUUGAAUUCCAUUCUAACUUGAUUCAAUUCGUUACUCAAAUUCAUGUUUUGAGACGCCUGCACUCUGCCAAAGGUGCAGGGACCUUGCUCCGGAAAACACACUUACUACUACUUCAACGCAGCCUCGCAGGCAUGCGAGACGUUCGUCUACGGCGGCUGCCUCGGUAACACCAACCGAUUCAACACUGUAGAGGAGUGCCAGCAAAGGUGUCAGCCACGUAAGUGAUCCCUCAAGCAAUCCUUCUCCUCUUUCCACGCUUUUUCUUGCUUCUGAAAAAGGAGGCUUCCUGGGUAUUCCGUUGAAGUAGUCUUUUAACCGUGAGCGUCUUUUCGCUUUCCGGUGCCGGCCAGUAAGAGAAAGGCUCAGUCAAUGAAUUCCCAAAAAACUUCCCUUUUCACCCCACUGAUCUUCUUACCAUUGUUGUUCUUCAUUAUACCCAUUUUCUUCUCUUUUUACUCUUCGUUCUCUCCAAAAUCCUUAUUUCCGUUGUUUUGAGCCAGCAUUUUGAAGUGAAAGUAACGAGUUUUCCCAUUCUCUUUUCUUCUGUACCCUUCUUGUUUCCAUUCUGAGAAAUCUUUCCCCGCAAAUGGUUCUCAAUUAUUACUGAACUGCCGUUCCGCUUCUCUUUCCCGCAUUUUAUUUCAAUUAUUUGCAUUUUUCAUUUAUUGUCUUGACAAGUGUUGCAAUCCACCCAAUAAAUUGAAUUCAUUUUUUGAUAAUCACAUGGAAAUGAACUUGAUUUGUUAACGUCUGGCCCUUUCUUCGUGCAUGUUCCAAUAAUCUCACUAAUAUGUUUCAUAUUGUGCUGUGUUUCUCAUAUUGUGUGCUUUGGAUUGAUUCGAUUAACUUGAUUCCGCUUUUCCAUCAGUAGCGAAAAAAAGAACAAGUUUUCCAAAGUUUCAUUCACUUUUCAUAGUCCCAGCCUUAUAAUUGGCAGGCCACGCCCUCAAUCAGCAAAAAUUAUGAAAAAAGAAAAACUGUUUUAAAAAGUUUUGAGAAUUCUUUCUAUUUUCUAUACUGUAUUAGCUUCUUCAUUUUCUAAAAGUUUAUUAGAAGUUUUCAGUUAGAAGUUCUAAGUUUCAAAAGAUCCGUGAUCUUUCGUGCAACAACUCUUUUUAAAACUAAAUCUCUGAAAGUGUGAUUUGAAGUGUGGAGUGUUGUGUGUUUCAGAGGCGCCGACGGAGCUCUACCAGAUUGCCUUGAGGUCGCCCAAACACAACGACGUGCAGCACGACGAGCCUCGAAGCUCUGAAGAAGAAGAAGAAAAAAAAGAAAAUCAGGUGGACUGCCACGCUCCCGCCGACUCCGGCGAAUGCCGGUUAGUGUUUUCUGCUCUGAUUUUUGCAUGAUCUUGAUUUUCACUCUUUAACGUCACAAGAAAAGUUAAAGAUAAAGCGCUUCUUGGAAAUUAAUUUAUUUUAAGCCUUUCUUCCUAGGUAGAGGGAAAGCAUUGAUAACAGGUUAUAGGAGAAAUUCCUGAUAAUUUCAAGGAAAUUAAAUUUUAAGGACUUUUAUGAGGAGAUCGGUUAGUGCGGGACACUUUGAAGACCCGAGUAUCAUUUUCAAAAAAAUGUUUCGAUCAUGUAACUCUGAAAAAGUAUUUUGGAGAUUUGAGCGUUUUGCUGUUAGUUUACGAGAAUAUUAUAGUUUUAUGAAUGUCAAAAAUUUUUUUUUUGAAGAAAAAGCCGUCAUAUGGAAUUUCUCCGAAAUUUUCAGUGUAGGGAAGUUUGCUUCUGAAAAGGUAUUAGGGAUAUAAAGUUCUGCUGUCAACCUUUUAAAAAUAAAAAUUACAUCAAACUUUCUAAACCCGUAAAUAAUUGUUUGAAGCAAAUUCACCAAGAUGUUCUACUACUCUCCUACAAUUGGUAGUUGCGAAAGUUUCUCCUAUGGAGGCUGCGGGGGAAAUUCUAACCGAUUCAGCACAAUUCAGGAUUGCAACACGGCGUGCUCUAAGCACCAAGUCAGCUUAACUCUCCUGAAAACUUUAGAAAAAUGUUUCUUUAGAAUUUGGUGAUGCUGAAAGAUGACGUGAACGGACUUGACGCUAAUGAACAGGUUCUGACAGUUCACGAUGAUAGGGAUAACAGCGAAGAUGGAGAAGAUGGGGUCAGAAAAGUCAAGGCGAGAAAUUUUCGAGCUUGGUAUUGUAUAGAAAGAAUACGUGCUGAUGGAUACUUCAAGCUCGGCUCUCCCGGAACUUUGUCUCCUUCCCGAGGAGAGAGGAUCUUGCUACGGAGAGAUUCUACGGUGGAGGUAUGAAAAAAAAAGAUCCAUGAAAAUUCAGCUACAAACGUUUUUGAAAGUGCAGUUCGAAACAAAAAAGAAUGAACUGAAGCGCAUUAGCGUUUUUUUACUUUCAUAGAUUUUAUUAUAAGAAAAAAAGUCUGCGUUACAUUUCUUUUAAACAUUUGCGCCUGUAUACACCUGUUUUUGAUAUUUUCUAACUUUUCUGAAUCUUUUUCUCUUCUCCUUCUGCAAUUUUCUUGUGUUGGUAUGAUUUCCUUACCAUGGACUUCGUUUGUAUUUAAAAAAAAAUUUCUAUAGAAGGAAUAUAUUUUUCAAGAUACAACUCGGAGAACGGUAAUUGUGUGUCGUUUAUGUACAGCGGAUGCAAUGCAAACGCGAAUCACUUCACUAGUGAGGUGAUUUUUUCUUUCUUUCUUUUUCUAAUGCAAGUAUGCUCUUCUAGGAGUUCUGUGAACGGUCUUGCGGACGUUUCAGAGACGUUAAAAUCUGCGACCAACCAAAAGAUGAAGGAACCUGCGACAUGGGGAUCACAAAGUCUCAAAAUCUUACCAUUUGUUUUGAAAAAUAACUCGAAAUUGUAUUUAAAGAUGGUACUACGAACCGAAAUCGGCACAAUGUAAGAUGAUGAUGUGGGGCGGAUGUGCAGGAAACGGGAAUAGGUCAGUGGAAAAAACUCAGAAGAAAAAACCGAAAAGUCAUAAUUUUCUAGAUUCUCGGCGAAAUCCGACUGCGAAUCGCUUUGCACGGAGGAGAGCUCUUGGAACAGCGAGAACUUCUGGUUAUUUCGAAUUCCAUGAGGACGAAAAAACAUUUGUUCAGUGAGCUUCCCCGAUCUUCCGGUCCCUGCAUGGACUCGAUCUCGAUGUGGUACUUCGACAGCUCUCAGAACGAGUGCAAGCAGUUCACCUAUGGCGGAUGUCGAGGAAAUGGCAACAGGUUCAACUUUCAACCGUUUUAUCUGUUAGAAUUUUUAUUUGAAGGUUUGUGUCGAAAAAUCAGUGCCAAAAGUCGUGUGCGCCAAAAAUGCAAGAGAUGAAAAUGGUCGACAAGGAAGGCGAGUUUUUUCUACCAAAAGGAUGAAGGCAUUUCUGGUCUUUUUUUCCGAAAUCUGCGGGUAUUAGGACCGCCCUCCUGAAAAAGAGAGCUUUGAAAGGUUCGAAAAUAGGCAAAAAUAUCCCAAAAUCAAAAAAAUGUUCCACGAUUCAGCAGAGUAUCUUCUCUGAAAACUUAAUAAAUAUGUAAAUGUGAAAAAAGCCUGACUUUCUCUAUGAAAUUUUUUGAGAGGUUUGCAAUCUCCCCUUCGAGUCUGGACCGUGCGGCCUCACGAUUCCGAAGUAUUUCUUCGACCCCAGCUCUGGUACCUGCAAAGAGUUCUCCUACAGUGGCUGCGAAGGAAAUUUGAACAGGUUUUCCUUCAAAGAAAAUUGGCCAAGAGAUCUACCAUGAGCAUAAAGCCGUGACAUGGUUUCAUUGUGCGCUCCAUGGAGAAACAGACUUUAUUAAUUUUCUUUUAAUCCUUAUAUAAAAUUGAUAAGGAAAAAAAGAUUUGAAGAUUUGACACCGUUCACGAUUGUCUGAUGGCUUGUGGAUCCGUUCAAAGAAUUAUUUCUGUUUCAACUGUUCCAACUAUUAAAAUGGACUCCCGUGGGCCUUUCGAAGCUGGCGAAGAAGUUUAUCUUGUUAGGAAACGGAUGAAGUUCAAGCCAAUUUAGAUCCGAAUCCGCUGCGUGACUAGUGAAAGCGAGAAGAUUUGGUACAAGGAUGGCAACUUGUUGCAGUUUGACUUGAGGAUCACGGUGAAUUUUACUACUUUCGUAUGAAGAUAUUCUUUUCUCGUUGUAGAAAGAGGAAGAUCCUUCAACUCUCGUCAUUUCCAAAGCCGACCUCUCCGACUCUGGAUCAUACUCCUGCUCCUCAGAUCUUGGAGGUGGAAAAAGCGAGGAAAUCUUUGUUGAAGUCGUGAAAAGAGGUUAGACCGAAGAUACCAAGUAAUAAAAUACCCUAUAACUCCCAGAGCCGACAAAGCCGCCCUGCGUCGACCGCGGAAGCACUGCGACGUGCUCUUUGAUCGUCCGCAAUGGCCUUUGCGGCAGAAAACGAUACGGAGACUUCUGCUGUCUUACUUGCUCGAAGCAACUUUGA